AUGGAGCACUUCAACACCAACACCAUGUCGUACAUACCGCUCCAGACCGUCACAGGCCCCGACCAGCAGAUGGCCAUGCCGAUACCCCUCCAGUAUGACCAGCGCUCCAACUUCGACGCCGAGACGUUCAUCGGAAGUGAGGACGCCUACUCGACAUACCACCUCCAGCAACUACCACCCCAACUCAAGCGCUACCCGAGCACAUACGAAGAUCCCUUCUCCGACGUCCAAAGCGGCUACGAGCAGUCGAUACACCCACACGAGCACAAUGGCAUGCCUGAAAGUCCAAGCAUCGAGAGCAACAACAAGCUCCUUAGCUUCUCGCUACCCGUCAUCCCAUAUACCAUCCUCACGUAUGCCAUGCAAAGAGUCUCAAUAUCCAUGUCGGCCCAGCUCCAUGGCAUGUUCUUCCUGGCUGAAUCUCCCUGGGCAACGGCAGCUGACGUCCAGGCGCCUUCGGAAUUGACUUGCUAUAGGAGGAAUCUCUUCCAGAUCACUGGUACCAUCACGCUCCCCCGAAGCCUGCAGUUUCUCAUGACUGACCAAGGCGACCAAAUACCCAUUCUUGGCCAAGAACUCACUAUAUCCGCGACCGAGUCGCUCGAGGGCAACGCGGUAAAGAUAAUAUCGGUUCCGUGGAAGACUCCUGCAACUGGCUGCGCGUCUGUUGAAGAUAAAUCCGAGAAGGAGCCACCGACAUACCCACUCGAUCUGUCGACCGGUCAAGAUAUGGACUCGGAUUACGUCAGCUUUCCUAUCAGUUGGAAGCGACUACAAUUCCGAAUAGCAACUGCAAACAACGGGCGAAGGAAGGAGCUUCAACAACACUUCGUAGUACGAUUGAAGGUGAUGGCAACCCUCGCUAAUGGGGCCAAAGUACCGAUAUGCGAAGUUCAUUCUGGUGCAAUCAUCGUACGAGGAAGGAGUCCGCGCAACUUCCAGGCCCGCAAGGAUUUGCCUAUUAGUGGAGGUACGACCGCGCGGAAAGUGCAUACUCCCCAGCAGCCCAGUAGAACGCCAACGGGCGACACAAAUCAGAACACGCCGAAACAAACAUCAAAUCUACCUGUAGCCUCCUCAAAGCCGAUGGACCUACUACAGAUGCCGUUUGAGUUCAACACAAGUGAGAUGCCGCCAUCUCCAGAUUUCGCCUGGAAGAUGCCAGCAGGUGCCAUGACUGCGAUACCGCCAGAUCCCCCCUCAUCCCAGUUACAACAUGCGACACCAUAUGCACAUUCAACACCUGAAAUCUCACGGAGCGUUCCUCCACAACGGGCAUCUAUAGCACCAGUCACCCUGUUUCUUACCGACGACGAGCCACAAAAAGCACCUUCGCCUAGUGAACAGCCAAAGAAACGCGCAACCCCAAUGCGGCCCCCUUCCUUCUCUCUAGGCAUCCUCAACAGUCCUGAUGAAGGUGCCGACAUGCUUUACGAAUAUUUCCCGCUUGGUCUGGACGACUGGAUGCCGCCUGUUGAUGCUGUCUACCGACCACAUGUUGUUCAUCAUAUUACUCCUCUCCCGCAAGAAUCAAAGGCGGAUGCUGGCAGGAGUCGGUCGAAACGGUAUUUUUCGGAUGCUUGGUAA